AUGAAGUUUUCCGCCCUUCUCGCCCUCGCCCCUCUUGUGGCUGCUAUCCCCGGCUCCAAGCAGGCAAAUAGCUCCGAUGCUGCCUUCGGCGUCAUCUCUGCUCGCUCGGCUUCUCCCAUCCACCUGCUGCCUCUCAAUGCUGGCGGUACCUACUUCUGGCUCGGUGGUAAAGCCCACACCUAUUCUCCCAUCCCCGGAGUUCCCGACACCAACCAGACCGUGAUUGCCAAUGGCCACUUCUUGGAUGUCGAGGUCCCCGGUGGCCAGGCCAUCUACGUUGAUAACAAGGGUGCCCUGCGCUUCACCUCUCCCCACUCCGCCUACGAGCCUUCUGGUUCCUCCGAUGGUCCCUUCAGCUACACCCCCGGCACCUCGUUCGGCCACUGGACCUUCAAGGGCCAGGGUGCAGCUGGCUUCAUGGCUUGCCCCACUACCAACGGUACCACUAGCUACCGCCGUUCCCGUCGGGGCGCUGCUGCCGUCCCUAAGUGGCAGGUUUAUGCUGCUCUGAAGAACGCUACUGUUCCCUCUGGCAAGGUUGAGGACUGCCUCGGCUUCGAUGCUCUGGCUGUUUCUGUCAACACUACCACCCCUGUUGCUUGGGAGUACAUCUAA